AUGUCCAUCACCAAAGAUCAGGCGGCCAGCGCCCUGGACCAGUAUAUUAAGGAAGUCAGGAAUCGGAACUAUCCAGAAGAUCAGCGGAAACGCGCCGCUCGCCAGGUUCGCGAUGUGGUCAAUAUUGCGAAGCAGGAAAUGGGCGCUGAGACGUUCCAACGCUUCUUCGAUAUGGUUAAUCAGAGAACCAUGGCCCUCAUCCAAAGCACCGACACCUACGACAAGAUGGGAGGAGUCUACAUCCUCGAUGCUCUCGUAGACUUUGACGGCAUCGAACCUGCGCUGAAAUACAGCCGCUUCCAACAAUACAUUGGCAUCAUUUUGCGUGGAAAGGAUCUGAACCCGAUGCAACCUGCCGCCGUGGUCCUCGGGAAGCUAUGCAAGCCCGGCGGCUCCCUGAUCUCGGAGUUAGUCGACGCCGAGGUGCAGACGGCCCUCGAGUGGUUGCAGUCGGAUCGAGUUGAGGAGCGACGAUACAGUGCCGUUCUGGUCCUACGAGAGUUGGCGAGAAAUUGCCCGACACUCAUGUACCCAUAUGUGGGAUUCGUCUUCGACCAGAUAUGGAUCGGGCUGCGGGACCCUCGCCACUUGAUCAGAGCGACCUCAAGCGAAACCGUCAGUGCUUGCUUCAAGAUCAUUCGCGAGCGCGACCAGGAGAUGAAGCAGGAGUGGAUGGAUAAGAUGUUCGCGGAAGCUGUCAAGGGCCUCAAGACCAAUACAGUCGAAUACAUCCACGCCUCGCUCCUUGUUCUCAAGGAGCUCCUCGAGCAAGGAGGCAUGUACAUGCAAAACCACUACCAGGAAGCUUGCGAGAUUGUCUUUCGUCACAAGGACGCCCGCGACCCCGCCAUCCGCAAGACGGUAGUCCUCCUCAUCCCGGAUCUAGCCAACUACAACCCAACCGAGUUCGGCGCGAGCUACCUGCACAAAUUUAUGGUCUAUCUGUGCGGCAUGCUCAAGAAGGACAAGGAGCGGAAUGACGCUUUCCUGGCCAUUGGCAACAUUGCCAAUUCGGUCAAGAGCUCCAUCGCGCCCUACCUUGACGGCGUCCUAAUCUAUGUCCGGGAAGGGCUCAGCGUCCAGUCCCGCAAGCGAGGCUCCGUUGAUCCCGUCUUUGACUGCAUCAGCCGGCUGGCAGUAGCUGUGGGUCAGACUCUAAGCAAGUACAUGGAGGCGCUCCUAGAUCCCAUAUUCGCCUGCGAGCUCACGCCCAAGCUGACCCAGGCUCUGGUUGACAUGGCUUUUUAUAUCCCGCCCGUCAAGGGCAUCAUUCAAGAACGGUUACUUAAUAUGCUGAGCAAGGUCCUGUGCGGCGAGCCAUUCCGACCCCUGGGUGCACCACAUCCAACCCCAAUCUCCUCAAUCCCGCCCAUUCCCAAGGACCCAAAAGAUCCAUCUGUUCACGAGAGAGGGAAGGCAGAGGUGAAGCUAGCAUUGAAUACCCUCGGCAGCUUCGAUUUCUCGGGCCACGUUCUAAACGAGUUCGUCCGUGAUGUCGCGAUCAAAUAUGUCGAAGACGAUGAUCCCGAAAUCCGCGAGGCCGCUGCCCUCACAUGCUGUCAACUCUACGUCCGCGAUCCGAUCGUCAACCAGACGAGCUACCACGCCUUGCAGGUUGUCGCCGAUGUGGUUGAGAAGCUCCUGACCGUAGGUGUCUCCGAUCCUGAGCCAAAAAUCCGUCGGACAGUCCUUGCCGCCCUCGACGAGCGAUUCGAUCAGCACCUCGCAAAGGCCGAGAACAUCCGAACCUUGUUCUUUGCCCUGCACGAUGAGCAGUUUGCGGUGAGGGAGGUAGCCGUGUCCAUCAUCGGACGCCUGGCUCGCCACAACCCUGCAUAUGUCAUACCCCAACUACGCAAGACCAUCAUCCAGAUGUUGACCGAGCUAGAGUAUACCGACGUGGCAAGGAGCAAAGAGGAGAGCGCAAAGCUACUCAGCCUUCUUACCCAACACGCUCAGGAUCUCGUCAAACCCUACGUCAGCUCCAUCACCGAAGUCCUCCUGCCAAAGGCUUCCGAUCCGACUCCCUCCGUUGCCGCAACCAUCCUGCAGGCGAUUGGCGAGCUGUGCACUGUUGGCGGAGCAGAAAUGCUCGCCUACAAGGAUACGCUCAUGCCCGUCAUCAUUGAUGCGUUGCAGGAUCAAAGUGCACCGAUCAAACGCGAGGCUGCUCUUCAUACCCUCGGCCAGCUCGCGAGCAACGCCGGCUACGUCAUCAAACCCUAUCUCGAAUACCCACAACUGCUCGAGAUCCUCCAAUCUAUCAUCAGGGGUGAGCCGCAGCAUGGCCCUCUCCGACAGGAGACCAUCAAACUCAUGGGUAUCCUGGGAGCACUCGAUCCUUACAAGUACCAGCAGGUCGAAGAGCGAACGCCGCAGACCCAACGUCGCCCCGAAACCGCACAGCAAACCGAUGUGUCCCUCAUGAUGAGCGGUCUAACUCCGUCGCAGGAAGAUUACUAUCCGACCGUUGUGAUCAACGCCUUACUCCAGAUCUUGAAAGACCAGUCCCUCGUUCAAUGGCAUGGUAAUGUGGUCGAUGCCAUCAUGAGCAUCUUUAUCACGUUGGGACUCAAGUGUGUCCAAUUCCUCGACCGGGUAGUUCCCGCCUUCAUCGCCGUCAUCCGGGCCUCAAGUCCGGCUAGGCUCGAUUUCUAUUUCAACCAUCUUAGUAGGCUUGUCAGCAUCGUGCGUCAGCAUAUUCGUGUGUACCUCCCGGACAUUAUCGCUGUUCUGCAGGAGUUCUGGAACACGACGCCUUCCUUGCAGACAACUAUCAUAUCCCUCAUUGAGUCCAUCGCUCGCUCGCUAGAAGGCGAAUUCAAGAUCUACUUGGCAGGUUUGCUUCCGCUCAUGCUUGGGUUGCUGGAAAAGGACAACAGUACAAAGCGGCAGCCCACUGAGAGGAUUUUUCAUGCUUUCCUGGUCUUUGGGUCCAGCGCCGAAGAAUAUAUGCACCUUAUCGUCCCGAUACUUGUACGUUUGUUCGACAACCCCGCGCAGCCCAUGUUCCUGCGGAAGUCGGCCAUCGAGACUAUCGGCAAGCUUUCCAGCAUGGUGAAUCUUAAUGACUACGCCUCCAAGAUCAUCCAUCCCCUGACUCGGGUCCUCGCCAGUCAAGAGCCCAGUCUCAGAGUGGCCGCAUUAGACACCCUGUGCGCGCUGAUGCUUCAGUUGGGAAGGGAUUAUCUGCACUUUGAGCACACGGUGGAGAAGGCCAUCCAGAUGUACUCUAUCCAGCAUUCCAAUUACGACAAGGCGGUUGAGAAGCUCAAGAAGGGCGAGGCGCUCCCUCCAAAUCUGGCUCCCCGGUUUGAGGACAGUCCCGCAGAACCGUACACAGCCGAGAAUAACCCUCCUAAGAAGCUUGACUUGAAUCCCAUGCACCUGAAGCAGGCAUGGGAGACGAGGGGCAAGUCAACCAAGGAUGACUGGCAUGAAUGGUUCCGCAAGUUCAGCACGACCCUACUUUCAGAGUCGCCGAAUCACUCAUUGCGGGCCUGUGCGAGCCUGGCGAGCAAUUACCAACCUCUGGCAAGGGAGCUCUUCAACUCUGCAUUCGUCUCUUGCUGGGGUGAGCUCUACGACGGACACCAGGAGGAACUGAUCACAAACAUUGAAAACACAAUUAAAUCGGAGAAUGUACCCCCUGACCUCCUGGGUCAGCUUCUUAAUCUCGCUGAGUUCAUGGAGCAUGACGACAAGGCGCUUCCCAUCGACAUCCGAGUUUUGGGACGCGAGGCUGCGCGAUGCCACGCGUAUGCCAAGGCUCUUCAUUACAAGGAGCUCGAGUUCUUGCAAGACCACAACAGCCACGCUGUUGAGGCCCUCAUCGUGAUCAACAAUCAGCUGCAGCAAUCGGAUGCCGCCAUCGGGAUUUUGCGCAAGGUCAAGGCCUACAAGGACGGGAUUCAGCUGCGCGAGAGCUGGUUUGAGAAACUCGAACGGUGGGACGAAGCACUUAACUUCUACUGUCAGCGAGAACGGGAAAUCCCGGAGGAUCAACCCAUUCCCGUCGACAUUGUCAUGGGCAAGAUGCGCUGCUACCAUGCCCUGGGCGAGUGGGAUUCACUUGCCUCGCUGGCUGGCAGGACCUGGGCGAACUCAGGGCCGGAGAUCCAGCGAAGGAUUGCCCCCUUGGCGACCACAGCCGCAUGGGGCUUAGGGAAAUGGGACUCGAUGGAUAUUUACCUGCAGUCUAUGAAGAGGUUCUCACCAGACCGCGCUUUCUUCGGCGCCAUCCUCGCCCUGCAUAGAAACCAAUUCCGAGAGGCAUUGGCCUGCAUCGAACAGGCUCGGGAAGGCCUCGACACAGAACUCAGCGCACUGGUCAGCGAAUCUUACAACCGCGCGUACCAAGUCGUCGUGCGUGUCCAGAUGCUGGCCGAGUUGGAGGAGCUCAUUGUCUACAAGCAGUGUGGCCCGGAGAAGCGAGCCACCCUGCGCGCAACCUGGGAGACUCGGUUGAAAGGGUGUCAACGCAACGUUGAGGUUUGGCAGCGGAUGCUCCGGCUGAGGUCCCUCGUCCUCACUCCGCCUGAAAAUAUGCACAUGUGGACCAAAUUUGCCAAUUUGUGCCGGAAAUCCGGGCGUAUGGGCCUCGCUGAGAAGUCGCUGAAGCAACUCAUAGAGACUGAUGCGCCGUUGGAAUCAGUCAUACCCUACUGGUACGACCGGCAAACCAGUCCGGCUCCCGAGAGAAUUGCCUCUCCAGUACUGUAUGCGGUGCUUAAGUUUCAGUGGGAGAUUGGCCAGCAGCCGGGUGUCCGGGGUUCGGACCGUGGCAUAGCUGAGAGAACCCUCUACUGCCUCCGCAGGUUCACCGAAGACACAGCGCAUCGCGUGGAGAGCGCAAGGCUGCAGUUGAACGCAUCUGCUCAGGCGGCCAAUGGCAUUUUGGAUGGACACGGUCACGGACUGAGUCAACCCAGGUACGCUGAGUUCGACGAGGCAGCAAUAUUGAAUCCAGACGCGCAGCGGCAGUGGGUUGAGCAGACGGUGUUGCUCGCGAAGUGCUAUCUUCGUCAGGGCGAUUGGAUGAUCACUCUGAACAACAGCGACUGGCAGUACACGCGGCGCGCCGACAUUCUCGACUGCUAUUCCAAGGCUACUCACUACAAUCCGAGGUGGUACAAGGCCUGGCACGCUUGGGCUCUCGCCAACUUUGAAGUUGUCCAGGCUCUCGCAUCCCGGAAGGAUGCGGAGGGCCGGACCGAGCACAGCAUCGUCCUCCAGCACGUUGUCCCCGCGGUGCAGGGAUUCUUCGAGUCUAUCGCUCUCUCAUCCGGCAGUUCCCUGCAGGACACUCUUCGGCUCCUUACCCUUUGGCUGACGUACGGGGGCUAUCAGGAAGUUAACAACGCCGUAACUGAAGGCUUCGCCCGCGUCAGUGUCGACACGUGGCUCGAAGUCAUACCCCAGCUCAUUGCCCGCAUCAACCAACCAAACAGGCGGGUACAGGCAUCAAUUCAUGCCCUUCUGUCUGACGUUGGCCGUGCACAUCCGCAGGCGCUUGUGUAUCCCUUGACAGUGGCCAUGAAGUCUCGCCAGAGCACACGGCGAUCCAAGACAGCACAGAACAUUAUGGAAAGCAUGCGUCAGCAUAGCCCCAAGCUUGUCGAGCAGGCCGAGAUCGUGAGCCGCGAGCUUAUCAGGGUCGCCGUUUUAUGGCACGAACUCUGGCACGAAGGGCUGGAGGAGGCUUCGCGCCUCUACUUUGGCGAUCAGAACAUCCAAGGGAUGUUUGACGUCCUUGAACCUCUUCAUGAACUGCUCGAGAAAGGACCGCAAACGCUAAGGGAGGUUUCGUUUGCGCAAACGUUUGGGAGAGACUUGGGCGAAGCGCGCGAGUGGUGUAGGCAAUAUCGCAUCUCGCAUGACGUGAACGACAUUAGCCAGGCUUGGGACCUCUAUUAUCAAGUCUUCCGCCGAAUUACCCGACAGCUGCCCCAAAUGACAAGCCUCGAGCUGACUUACUGCUCGCCCGACCUGCUGCAGGCCCGUGACCUCGACCUUGCAGUACCCGGCACCUACCGCAGCGGCCAGGAGAUUGUUAGGAUCAUGUCGUUUGACGGCACGUUCAAUGUUAUCAAUUCCAAGCAGCGUCCGAGGAGGCUUGACAUUAUUGGCAGCGACGGUAAAACCUACACUUUCCUGCUCAAGGGUCAUGAGGACAUUCGGCAGGAUGAACGUGUCAUGCAGCUUUUUGGCCUGUGCAACACGCUGCUCGCCAACGACUCGGAGUGCUACAAGCGCCACCUCAACAUCCAGCGCUUCCCAGUGAUCCCAUUGUCUCAAAACUCUGGCCUCAUCGGAUGGGUACCCAACAGCGACACGGUUCACCAGCUUAUUAAGGAUUACAGGGAAUCGAGGAAAAUUCUCCUCAACAUUGAGCAUCGGAUCAUGCUUCAGAUGGCUCCCGACUAUGACCAUCUCACGCUCAUGCAGAAAGUCGAGGUAUUUGGCUAUGCACUCGACAAUACCACGGGCCAAGACCUCUACCGGGUCCUGUGGCUGAAGAGCAAGAGUUCGGAAGCCUGGCUCGACAGGAGAACGAACUACACGCGCUCGCUGGGUGUCAUGUCAAUGGUCGGAUACAUUCUGGGUCUUGGAGAUCGGCACCCUAGUAACCUGAUGCUGGAUCGGAUCACAGGCAAGAUCAUCCACAUUGACUUUGGCGACUGCUUUGAAGUGGCCAUGAAGCGCGAGAAGUACCCGGAGCGGGUGCCGUUCAGACUGACGCGGAUGCUCACGUAUGCCAUGGAAGUCAGCAACAUUGAAGGCAGCUUCCGCACGACGUGCGAGCAUGUGAUGAGGGUCUUGCGAGACAACAAGGAGAGUGUGAUGGCUGUGCUGGAGGCUUUCAUCCACGAUCCACUUUUGACAUGGCGGCUCACCAACCCGGCCAGCCCUCCGGGGCCCAAUUUUGACUCGGAGCGCGAGCAAGCCAUCGUGGGGCCGCAGGCAGCACGGGCUCGCCGGCCGUCGAUACUAGACGCUCCCGUGGCGCCAACCGAGUUUCUAGCGGCCCAGGGCGGCGCUGUGGAUGGCAUUAUGGGGGUGCCACCUGGAGCGCGCAAUCGUGCGCGCACCAAUUCCUCGGCCGUGCCCCCGGGCAGUAUGGUCAAUGGCAACGGGCCGCAUGAAAUGGCCGAGGUGCAGAACGCGCGGGCGGUGGAAGUGCUGGAUCGGGUUGCGCAGAAACUCACAGGCCGCGACUUCAAGCCCAACGAGGAGCUCACGGUCACGGACCAAGUUAAUAAGUUGAUCAUCGAGGCGACCAAACUCGAGAACCUCUGCCAGCAUUACAUAGGAUGGUGCAGCUUUUGGUGA